GACUCUUUCGUCUCUUUGAGCACAGAAAAGUUACUGUAUAGUGUAUACUGGAAAAUACGUUCCUCAUUGGCCUAAUUUGGGACCCAUUUCAGUUAAAAGCUUCAAUUUUUAUUUCUCAGACAUAUAUAAUUUUUUUUUGCACAAAAACAAGAAGUGCUUCUUCCUCUUUAGGAAUCUCCCUCCUCUGCAACUUAAGUCCAUAUAUAUCUUGCUACCUUCAGUGUUUUCUGUUUUGUUUCUGGGAAUGGCCAAGUUUUUGUGAUUGUCAUGGUAGUUGGUGGCUUCUUGAAUUUCUGAGCUUUUGACUAUUCUCCUUCAGGUACCAAACACUUUUUUUUUUUCUACCCCACUUGGAUCUUUUUGAGAUUUUUUUCUUCACCCCUUCAAAUUUGUCUGCACCCUUUACCUUGUACUCUUAGAAAUUUUUUGUCUUGGGUUCUUAAUCAUUUCACCUCUGAACAACACUUUGAGCGUUAAAAACAGAAAGCUUCAAUCUUUAGCUUAUCUUUUCCCUUUUCCCAUUUGUUUUUGGUAAAUUGCUGAGAUGGAGUUCAAUGUCUUUCACAUGAAACUGUUUCUUGGGGUAUAGGAUUGAUUGUUGUAUCUCUUAAUUUGCCCCUCUAAGCAUAUCUAAAUAUGCUUGGACAAGAGAAUUGUGUCCUUAAAUCACCAUUCUUGCUAUGUAUCUUCAUUGGCUUCUUGAUGCAUUCUGUUGUGGGAGCUGAGAUUCCAUUGGGUUCCAAGCUUUCUGUGGUUGAUAAUGAUUAUUGGGUUUCCUCCAAUGGUGAUUUUGCAUUUGGAUUCUACAACAUUUCAGAUCAACCUAACCAGUUUAGUGUUGGCAUUAGAUUCAAUUCCAAGUCUAUACCAUAUAGCCAACAAACUGUGGCUUGGGUUGCAGGUGGUGAUGUCAAAGUAGGUAACAAGUCCUACUUUGAACUCACUCAGGAAGGGGAACUGGUCCUGUUUGAUUCCAUAGGUGAGGGUUCUGUUUGGACCGUCAAAACGGGAAACCAAUCUGUAGCUUCAGCUUCACUUCUUGACAAUGGAAAUCUUGUUCUAAUGGACAAGGAGCAAAAAAUCAUUUGGCAAAGUUUUGAUACUCCAUCUGAUACACUUCUCCCAGGACAAAGUUUGUUUGCUAAUGAAACGCUUCGGGCUGCUACCGCAAGCAAGAAUAGCAAGGCCAGUUACUAUACUCUUCACAUGAAUGCUUCAGGUCAUUUGGAGCUACAUUGGGAAAGUGGUGUUAUCUACUGGACAAGUGAAAACCCUUCUGCUUCAAAUCUCCGUGCUUUCCUUACAGCCAGUGGAGCACUAGAGCUUCAAGACCGAAGCUUGAAACCUGUUUGGUCUGCAUUUGGAGAUGAUCACAAUGAUUCUGUGAAGUACAGAUAUCUUCGGCUUGAUGUGGAUGGCAAUCUUCGGUUGUAUUCGUGGGUUGAAAGUUUAGGAUCGUGGAGAUCAGUCUGGCAAGCUGUUGAGAAUCAGUGCAAGGUCUUUGCAACUUGCCGUCAACUUGGUGUCUGUGUGUUCAACGCCUCAGGUUCUGCUGAAUGCAAAUGCCCGUUUGAGGUAACUGGGGGUAACGAAUGUUUGGUUCCAUAUGAGGAGGAGUGUGAAUCUGGCUCCAAUAUGAUAGCAUAUAAGAACACAUAUCUAUAUGCAUUCUACCCUCCUGAUAAUUCUUUUAUCACAAGUAGUUUGCAGCAAUGUGAACAGUUGUGCCUGAAUGACACUCAAUGUACUGUAGCAACCUUUUCCAAUGAUGGAACUCCACAAUGCUCAAUAAAGAAAACUGAGUAUAUCACCGGUUAUUCAGAUCCAUCUGUAAGCUCAAUAUCAUUUGUUAAGAGAUGUUCAGGUCCAUUUGCUGUAAAUCCAGGUAUCACUAAGUCUCCUCCUCCUUCCGAACCGCCUCCUCGGUUCUGUGUUCCUUGCCUAAUAGGAGCUUCAACAGGCACAUUUUUCAUCCUUGUCAUUUUCCAGAUGGGAAUUGUGCUCUUCAUCUACAGAAGAAAAAACUCUACCAGGAAAAGGUCCACUUUAACUUUCACAGGCACAAAUUCAAAGGGUUUAAUUGUUUUGUCCUUCUCAGAAAUCAAGAGCCUCACAGGGGAUUUCAAGAAUCAAAUUGGGCCAAAGGUGUUCAAGGGUUUGCUACCAAACAACCAUCCAAUUGCGGUUACAGACCUCAAUGCGUCCCUAGAGGAAAGGAAGUUCCGAAGUGCUGUUAUGAAGAUGGGUUGCAUCCACCACAAGAACCUUGUGAAACUGGAGGGUUAUUGUUGUGAGUUUGAUCACAGGUUUUUGGUGUAUGAAUAUUGCAAAAAGGGUUCAGUGGACAAGUACAUAGAUGAUGAUGCUCUUUGCAAGGUGCUAACAUGGAGAAAGAGAGUUGAGAUAUGCUCAAGUGUGGCAAAGGCCAUAUGUUAUUUGCACUCCGGGUGCAGGGAGUUUAUAAGCCAUGGAAACUUGAAAUGCGAAAAUGUUAUGUUGGACGAAAACUUAGGAGCCAAGGUGACUGAAUUUGGGUUUGCUAUUGCAGAUGGCAAAGCAACAUAUUGUGGCUUUUCAGCUGAGAAGGAUAUAGAGGAUUUUGGCAAGUUAGUUCUAACCUUGUUAACCGGGUGUCGCAAUCACGAUCACAUUGAGCUUUGUGAGUGGGCAUAUAAAGAAUGGAUGGAAGAGAGGGUGGCCAAUGUGGUUGAUAAAAGAAUGGAAGGGGGCUACAAAUCAGAGGAACUAGAGCACGUGUUAAGAAUUGCGUUUUGGUGCCUUCAAAUGGAUGAACGUCGGAGACCUUCCAUGGGGGAGGUAGUAAGAGUACUUGAUGGUACAUUGAGUGUUGAUCCGCCACCACCUCCUUUCGCCUUUCAGAGGCCCUUGCAGGUAGAUGAUUCAGAAGAAAAUGUUUCAGAGUUAGAAGUAUGAUGCUAGCUCAAAGUUUAGAAACUUUUGUUCAUCUAGAUGAUAAGAAAAAAUGCUCAUUGUUUUUUGUCCCUUAACCUAUUAGUGGUAGUUGAACUGUGAAAACAAUGUUGUUCAUUUCAGACCUGCAGCAUCUACCUUAAGUUGUGUCUCUACUUAGGGACAUACUUGAGAAUGAGCAUCUUUUAGGAAUGAGCAUUUUUGGUAUGCGUGGAUAUUGCUGUUUAUUGCAACUUUAGAAGACAAAGUUGGCUAAGAUAGAAAUUCAGUCUUACAUAAUACUCUGGUUUCUUUCAAUAGUAUACUUGCAUUGAUAUGUUCCAUA